AUGGAGGAGGAAAUGGGGAUGCCAACGUGGGGUGUGGGCCCACUAUUACCCGAGAAGUAUUGGCAAUCGUGGGAUAGUUUGAUCAGCGAUCCUGCGAUUUUACAGCAAAGAAGGGAAUCAAAUUUGAGUGAUGAUGAAGUGAUCAAAUGUCAAGUGGGUUCUACUAUAGAGGAAUAUAAGCAAUUGGGUCAAGCUUUAGAGAAUUCGACCCGACCAUUUAUUUGGGUAAUCCAACCCGACAAGAAAUAUCGUCCUGAUCCGUGUUUGGAUAAAGGAGUUGGAGAUAAUAUGUGGAUGGGCGGCACGACUGAGCCAUAA